CAACACAUCAACAACGGAGCUAUUCCUUCGCGGGACUGGAGCGGUGCCCGUGCUCUGCCUAAUGCGUCGAAAAGAAGAACCGGCCGUUGGUGCUUGUGAUCCCGAUCGGAAGGUCUCCAUGUUACUUUGUCCAUGAAAGUACAAUCGAAGCCGCUCGUUCAUUAGAUGCUUCAGACAUACAUAUACCUGUCUACAGAACCAGCGCUCGAGUCUCUGAGAAGAGGGGCAGAGGAGAAGGCGAGAAGGCGUCUUCCACUCUUCCCCUCCUCCCCUUCUCUCUCACUUAUCUCUCUCUCUCUCUCUUCGAUUUCUGUCCAUUUAUGUUUCUAUCCAUCUAUCUUACAGUAGUUAUUGACGAUACCAUCGAUCCAUUUUAUACAAAUUUUCUGCAGAGUGGGAAUUCAAGUGUGAGAAAAAAGCUUCUCUUUCUUAGUUUUUGAGGAAGUACUAAUAGAACAUGGCUUCGAGUUUCGACCAGUGGGAGAAGGACCCAUUCUUCUCCGCCGCAGAGGAAGUUCAGGAAUCUGCGGACAGGAUGGAAUCCACGUAUAGAAUCUGGAUCCACGAAAGGAAUGAAGCUUCUCUCAUGUGCGAUUUUGACGAGCUUCGGAGGGAUUUACAUGCAGCCCUUGGCACCGCAAAAUGGCAGCUCGAGGAGUUUGAACGAGCAGUCGAGUCGAGCUACGUUGGUCGCUCCGCCGAGAAUGCAAGAACCAGGCACCGACAAUUCAUUGUUGCAAUCGAGAGUAAGAUUGAGGUUGUUGAGAAUUCAUUGAAAGAAUUGGUCCUUGCAGAAGGAAAAUUGUCACUACCUUGGGUAAGUUUGGAUGAUGGAGAACGGGAUGAGCUUGCAUUGUUUCUAUCAUCUUCGUUGGCAAGAGGGGACAAAGUUCCUGCUACGGUUCCUGAAAGGGACGAAGAAGAAGGUAUGCAGCAGGGUGUGCAUGGAAAAUCAGUGUCAGAUUGUUCAAAAAAUUCGCCUCGUUCUGCAGAAUGGAGUCCCAAAGAGGCUAAGGUCGAGAGGUUGCACGGACAUCGUAGAACAGCAAGUGCUAGUGCCGAGUCUGCCGACAUUGGACUGUCGUUAUUGUCCCCUUCUAAUGUACUUUUCUCCGGGUUCCUGGUAAUCUUAGGGCUGGUGGCCAAACUGAGAUGGUCAAAAAAUGUUUUUAGGAAGUGGAAAGGUGGAGAUCGUCAUCAAUUGAGUCAGGGAAUUAAUGCAUGCUACGAAAGAAACAAGAGCUGUCUUUAUGGCUAUGAUGCCUCGUAUGAUAAGCAACUCCAUGGUUGGAUUGGAGCUGGUCACAGACAGUUUCAAAGGUCUCAAUAUCAGAUCCAAUAUAAUCGGUCUAUUCAGUUGACUUUCUGGGUAUCGCUCGUCCUAAGCUUGAUUGGGUUGAGAAGCAUAUGUUACAUAGUGCCAGCCAUUGCCCUGCCAUGAGACCCAGAUUGUGGCUGGUCAGACAACUUGCAGCUAGGCCUAGUUAUUAUUUGCAAUUUCUUAUUAGAUAUUACAAUAGGCCAUGGUUUGGGUUGGAGUAGUAAGAAGUGAUUUAAGUGCUUAUAAUUUAACAAUGAAUAUUAUUCUAGACAGAAUGGAAUGGGGAAACAGGAUUUAUGUAGCCGACCCCAUAUAAUUGGCAUAAAGCUUAGAUGAUGGUAGUGAUGAUGAUGAUGAUGAUGAUGAGCAUAGGCUAUAGUUAUGUCAUUGUAUGUUUAUUUUUUUUCUUCAUUAUAUCUCCAAUGCUUAAUAUCUGUUUGUGGGGGUACAAACUCACGCACAUUAUGAACAUGGGAAAAUAGAAGAUAUUCUAAAAUGGCUUUGUUAGGGUUCUUCACCGGUAUAUGCCUAUUUCAGGCAUGUAUAUGGAUGAUGCGGUCAAUGCAUUGUCAGAUAGCUCACUUGAGCUAGAUGUCCCAUAAUUUAUCUGAUAUUUUCUGACUAAUAGUGUAUUUGGUUGAACCAUUGAAGUUCCAAAUUUUUAAUAUGUAAAGGAUUCCUGCAGCAAGGGGGCUUUGUUUUUUUUUUUACAAAAAAAAAGAAGAAUUUAAACUUAAAUGGGCAUACCUUCUUGGUUAUGCAUUUGUAAGCGAUUCCAUUAUUACCUUUCCUCUUGAGCUUAUA